UGAAAACUUUGGGCGCGUCAAGGUUGCCGCGCCACCUGAAUGAGAUGUCUUUGGUUGAGAAGUUAAACACCCUAAGACUAAUAAUACGACAGAACGGUGGGAUUAAAGGGUCGUUCUUAACUUUAUUCAGGUAAGGGUUUCACUUUUAAGGUUUUACUAUAGGACUGACGAACUGAAAUGGGGUAAAUUAGUUGGAACUGACAAUUUCGGAAAUAAAUACUAUGAAAAUAAUAAUUACUUCGUUGGUAAGCUUCAUUCAUAAAUUAACGUCAGGGAGAAAUCGUUGGGUUAGAUACUCGAAUAGGUUUGGUUGGGACUAUGAAGGGUCUCAAGUCCCACCAGAAUGGCACCGCUGGUUACACCACAUAACCGACGAAACUCCUGUGUCUCAUCCACCAACCGUUUACAAGUGGUCUGCUGAACACUCUGAAAAUUUGACCUUGCAGAAGGACAAGAAGUACAUACCUUACUCAACUACUCGUCCAAAAAUUGAACCUUGGGAACCACCGAAGUAAUUCAUUUCGUCAACCAGACCAUUUAUUCCGUAUGAGUUUCAGCGUAUAGAGUUAUCUGUCAUCAAACUAGUUUUUUGUAAAUUGACUCCUUAACUUUAGUCAGCUAUUGUUUUGAAUUUUAUUUGCUCUUAAUAGUGCGUUCGAUUUUGUCAUUCUAUCAGUUUAUUCAUUCCUGCGUUAUCUAACUACAUAGUAAGUACCCACUUUGGACAUAUUAUAGACCGUUGUCUGUUAGUUAUCCUGAUUAUAAGUUGGUGGACUUCAUUUUCCACUAUCUAAUUAACUUUUCAUCUCACAAAAUGUUUUACAACAGCUGGUAUGGAUUUGUUCCAACUCAGCAAUAAAGUACCGAUCUGUCCGUUUGCCUGUUAAAGCCCCUUAGUUGGCUAUAAAGGUGCCUUUACUGGACAGUGACAUCCAAUCUAGUAAAUUGUUUGGUGUUUUAUGCAGUUUCAGUUUAGAGACGAGAAGAGGCUAAAUGCCUGUGUUAGUCUUCGUAAUGGUAGUCUCUCAACUGACCCAACUUUCUUUAGAAGCUUCAAUCAUGUGUUGAGGUAGUAAACUCCAUUCGUCGAUUUGAUGAGAAAGUCAGUAGCCGGCCAACAAGUAGUUUGUCCUGGGCUUUUGAACCUUUAUAGAGUGCCCUCGUAAAUUCUGUUCUGCAAAGCAACAAAAAUGAAGGAAUAUCAAAUGCAAAUUUGCCAUGAAGUAAUUUAAAACUGGUCAUUUCUGAUUUUUCUAUAUGGAAACGGAAGUAGGUUUAAUUUACUCAGUUGAUCAUCAUACAAAAGAUUUGGUAUUUCGGGAAUCAGCUUAUUUACGGUUCUUUGGAUAGGCAGCUCACUGUCUCUUUAAACAGAAGCUAGUUGACUGGAUUCAGUACUCGAUUCAGGGCUAGCAAACACCGUAUACAAAGUCAGAAAGGCUUUAGCAACAACAUGGUUAAAGUCUUUAUGUAUUGACCAUAGGAUUCUAAAACCAUUGGUGGCUAUCGCACAGCAUUGUGCAUUUGUUUUAAAGCUUUGACUAACUAUAACUUCUCGGUCAUCGUGUCCAGACAACGCGUAGCCCAACUCUCUUCACUGUGCAUGUAUCUGUACCUUGGUGGCAAACUUACAUUAUUAUGCACUUGGAAGCAUUUAUCGGUAACUUCCAAAUUCUAGACCAUUCAAAUAAUUUUUCCAGGUCAUCUUAAAGCUCUAAGCUAUCACCUUUGCUUUCUAAAGAUAUAGCCAGCCCUGUCUGUUGUCCGAUCUGAAUUAAUGUGCUAACUUUAAAGGAGGCCAGUUUAAGUGGAAUACAUGGUUUCAGAAACCCUGGUUUAUAAUUUGUAUUCAGUGGUAGAAUCCAACUCUCAGCCAAUCAGUGACUUGAAAUUGUUUAAAUAGGACAUAUCUUCCACUAUAGGCAAGCUGCUGUAUAAGUUGGAGAAUAAAAUAAUAUACAAUAUGUGAAUAAAGCAAUAGAUAGGUGAUAUAAUGUGAAUUAAAAACGAGUAUUAAUAAGUAGUUUUAAGUAGAAGUUGCGAAGAUGAGAAUUAAAGCUUAAAUAGGUUUUGCAAUUGUUAUCGUCGUUUAGGUUGUGUGGUCUGGUACAUUGCCCGGAGCCCAAACCGGAACAGGUGAUUUUCUUAAGGGGCCACUCCUCGGAGUUCUGAUCCACAAGACAGUGGAGCAACUUUAAGACAUGCGGUUUGAUGGUAGCCGGUGAUCAACAAUAGGCCCAUGCACCAUUUAUUUCCUCAAGAUAACGUAACCCAUGUGCACCAUUGGUUUGGGAUCAGGGUUUUCCAUUUCCACUAGGUGGAUCCUCCGUACCCACCAACCCGGUUCAAGCGUCGAACAUUCUCAGACUACGUGUUAGAGGUGUUCGAGAUAUAAAUGAAGUUUUCCAAACAGUACUUGAUAUAGUUUAAGAUGAGUUGCACUGAUGUUGAUUCUUUCAUUACUUGUAUCUGGAUUUUAUUCUGUGUUUAUUUUCUACCAACUUCUUAUUCCCGUCCAGUUAAAAUAACAAUUUUAUUUUAUUGUGUUCAUGUCUGUGCGAUUGAAAAUCUAAAUUACUGAAUGAGUGAACUUUCGUAGGUUCCUAUGUAGUUCUAUAUACUUUUGGAUUGAUUUGAUCUAACUUUUGCAAUUUAUUCCUGCAGUACACUCUAGACAUUAUUCGCACAUUGUGGAACGGUUAAAAGUGCAAUGAUGUGAUUAAGCGUAGAUUAUUAGACAAAGAUGACAAAUUAGUUAGUAAAGGUGUGAAUCUUCAUGUACUAAGGCGGUUGAGACAUGUGUUAUGUCUCUCCACUAUCCAUCUCGACACGAAGUGUUUGCUGUUGUAAGAGUAUGUUGAAAGAAAGUUCUACCAGCCCAAGACAGCAUUAGUUCAUGAAGUCACUGACUGUUGGUCUAGGUUGUGUUGGUAGACACAGACUACCUAAUUAGGUUCUACAGGGUAACCGCGAUCAGUGGUUGAAGGCGUUGGGUGACAUGUCUCAGAAACAAUCUCAAUGGCACGGAAACAUUCACUCUUUCUUUUAUUCAAGGUCUUGAGUUCCAGUAUUCCUUCAUGUAUGCAUUUUUAUUCUUUUUCGAUCUAUGUUCUAUACUUAGUCUUUCUUACUAUCGUUGUUACUUUAGUUAUUUCUAGUCACUUGGUAUUCUUGUUGUUGGCUUAAUCUCGUAUUGACUCAUUAAAGCAAAUUACAUCAACGCUUAUUUGUGCUAUGCUCUAUGUUUAUUGCAACUGAGUGACAUUCUGAAGUGUAUUUUAUAGAUUGGGUGAAUAAAAUAUUAGACUUCUA